UUUUUGUGGUCGCUUGGUGUACCUGCGUGAUCUGCAAGUCCUUUGGACUUUCACUUAGCAAGUCGCUGUCCUCAGUAGCGACCCCUGUUGCUUUGGGUCUCUUGAUUACCGUCUAAACGCUACUACACACUACCUGCAGGUAUCGGUUGUGCGCAUAGCAUCGUGUUGCGUCUCCCGGCGUGACUCUCUUCUUUUUCGCCUUUACCCAGGAUUCGACAACUUGAAUAGGAUCUGGAUAUAAUGGCCGCCCCAACACCAGAUAUUCAGGCCAUCUUGGCUGCUCUGGCUUCCCAGCGCAAUGUUCCCACUCCGACUCAGACCCAGCCGUCCCAUGCUAUUCCUUCUUAUCAACCACCUCCGGCGCCUCCAGGCACGUACCCGGGCAUGUCUCCUGCAACACAACCGCAGCAGUAUCCACCUGCGAACUAUGGUAUACCGCCGCCUUCGGCAAGUGGAAAUUUUGACCUGAACGCUCUUAGACCCGGCAAUCCGGGUGUCGCCAGUUUCAGUGAUGCUCUUGCUCAAGCUAAAGCUUAUGCUGCUGAGAAGGGCUUGACUUCGUAUGAGAGACCACCACAAGCUGCUUAUCCUACCUCGCAUGAUGCUCGUGCUGCCGAUUCCAGAAAUUAUGGAAGACGCUCUCGUUCUCCACCAACGCGUCGUGAUGCCUAUCGUGACAACUUUAAUCCGUACAGAGAUGAACGACGUGAUGAUCGUGGUAGCCAUGCUCGUGAUUACGGCCGCGAUCGCUCUAUGUCUCCAGGUCCUAAUCGAGGCCGACCGUCUGGUACUUUCUCUCCUCGUGGAGGUGGCCGUGAUCGGCCUGGGGAUGAUAAUGACGAGAUGAUCGAGAUUGAAUCCAGCCUUGUCGGCCUGAUUAUAGGAAGACAAGGCGAGAACCUGAGACGUGUUGAAUCUGAGACAGGAUGCAGAGUGCAAUUCAUCUCUCCUUCGGGUGAGCCAGGACCGUACCGUCAAUGCAAAAUCACUGGUCCUCGUGCUAGACGUGCUGAAGCCAAGUCUGCGAUCAAUAGAAUCAUUGAAGAUAGUGGGAUGGGAGCUAUUGCACGUGCAGGCCUUGAUCCUUCUCAAAAACCGGGCCGAGGCCCUACUCCUUCAGUUGCUGCUGGUGCUGGUGUCCCCGCCACAUUACGUGAUGGUGAGGAUUGUGUGCAAAUUAUGGUCCCAGACCGCACCGUUGGGCUUAUCAUUGGCCGUGGCGGAGAGACUAUUAGAGAUCUCCAAGAGCGCAGUGGCUGUCAUAUCAAUAUCGUCGGUGAAUCUAAGAGCGUGAAUGGUCUUCGUCCUGUCAACCUCAUUGGACCUCACCAAGCAGCUGCACAGGCUAAGGAAUUGAUACUGGAGAUUGUUGACAGUGAUACACGCAAUGGCAACAACCCCCCCGAAAACAAUAAGCCUUCGCGGCCACCCAAGAAUGAGGGCUACAGUCAUGACAACGCGCAAGGCGGCGGUGAUAAAAUCAAUGACUCUAUUUACGUGCCUUCCGAGGCUGUCGGUAUGAUAAUCGGCAAGGGAGGCGAGACCAUUCGUGAAAUGCAAAGCACCACAGGUUGCAAGAUCAAUGUUUCUCAAUCUUCAGGGCCUGGUGAGGUAGAACGCGAAAUCGGCUUGGUUGGUUCUCGUGACGCAAUCGGAAGAGCCAAGCGAGCAAUAGAGGACAAAGUUGAUGCGGUACGACAGAAGAACAGUGGCGGUGCUGGCGGUCGUGGUGGACGUAACCAGAAUCGGCGUGAUUGGGAUAAUCCUAACUCUAACUAUGGCUCUCAGAGCUCUGCCAACCAACCUAGUAUGACGGAUGCACAGAAUGCUGCACCCCCCAAUGGUGCUGCUGACCCAUAUGCUAUGUAUGGCGGCUAUCAAGCGUACCUCACGUUAUGGUACCAGGCUGUCGCUCAACAGCAAGGCGCAGGCCAACCAACCGGUGAAAUGCCCAAGCCGCCAGGAGCUUAAUAUACCUACCCGUAUUAUAGCUGGUGAAUCACGACUGGCGAGAAAGCAGGCACAACGGGCUUACGAUGACGCGUUGACUACAUGAUACGCCAGAUACUCACGCCAGAGGAGGUCU